CGCAGCAAACACCUUAAAAAACAUCGCCAACAGAAAGCGUUCGCCUCCGUUCAAACCAUAAAAGGGGGGCCUUUAAAUUUCCCCCGAGACAGCCCAAUAUAAAUACAUCGUCUCUGACCCACAUAAAAUAGCGACAUUUCAGACAGAGCCCGAUCUUGUCACAGCUCGCUUCCCCAUUGAGCAGCACUCCCUGGAACAACUCGAGCCUCGUCGCUUUCCAUCUUGCUCGCAAAAAGCAGCUUCCUAUUCCAUCUCCAUCCACCGCCGGCGAGAGAGGAGAGGAGCGGGGAAGAGCAGCAGCACACACCGAGCGAGAGGCCACAGGAACGGCCAGUGGCCCAAUUUAACGCAGUGGCGUCACCCUGGGCAUGGGAGUCCUGCCUUAAUCCAACGUUCCCACCGCUUACCAUCACCACUCUCAUAAAUCUCCGCCACUCAGGCCUUCUCCUCAGUCUCUUAGCAUUUUUAUUCCUUUAUCAAUCUACAAUUACAACCCUCUAUAAUUUAGCACCUUUCUUCCUACUAACUCCAUUAUACUCUUCUGAGCCCAUGGCGGUGCCCUCAGCUCAUGAGUAUCACUGGCAGAGCCUAGCACGACUGCCCAGUGGCCGGGUCUACCACACUCUAUCAGAGGUGGGAGGUCAGAUGUACAUGCUGGGGGGCUGUGAUGCUGCAGGGAGGCCAUGCUCCACCUUGGAAUUAUACUCUCCAGAGGGGGACCGAUGGAUAUGCCUGCCCUCUAUGACCACCCCACGUGCCGGUGCUGCUGUGGCAGCCCUUGGAAAGCAGAUCCUUGUGGUGGGAGGAGUGGGAGAAGACCAGAAACCAUUAAAGGUGGUGGAAAUGUACAACACAGAGGAAGGGAGGUGGAGGAAGAGGAGCGCCCUCCGGGAGGCCCUGAUGGGCGUGUCCAUGAUUGUAAAAGAUGGCCGUGCUCUUGCUGUGGGUGGAAUGGGUGCUGACUUGCUCCCUCGCAACAUCCUUCAACAGUAUGACUUUCGUAAGGAUGUGUGGGCUUUACUUCCUCCCAUGCCGACCCCGCGCUAUGAUGCCAACACACAUUUAUUGGACAACAAACUCUAUGUAGCAGGUGGCCGCCAGUGUAAGCGGCCUGUGAAGGCCUUUGAGAUGUAUGACACCGAUAUGCGCUCAUGGAUAUCGCUUCCAAUGUUGUCAUGUAAGCGAUCUUAUGGAGGUGUGUUAUGGGACAGUGCUGGGAGGCUGUGUUUGCUGGGAGGUCUACGACAGGGAGGAGGACAUCAGACCUCAAAAUUUACCAAGAACGUCAACAUUUUUGACUGCAACCAAGGUACGUGGCUGAAGUCAGACGAGACAGUGCCCUUGAAAACCAAGAGAGCUGACUUUGUGGCUGCUUUGCUGCGUGGCCGCAUGGUGGUAGCAGGCGGUCUAGGUCAUGAGCCCUCUGCUCUGGACACUGUUGAGGCUUUUCAUCCUCUGAAGAAAAAAUGGGAGCGAUUGGCUUCCAUGACGUUCCCCCGAUGCUCGGCCUCCUCCAUCGUCAUCAGAGAUCGACUUCUCGUAGUUGGUGGAGUCAACCAGGUGCCCAGUUCGGCUCAUGAGAUACUGUAUGUAAAAGAAGAGGAAUAUCUGUAGUCUGAUCCCAGGCAGUAGCGCCCUCUUUCAUCACAGUGCAACAUGGUGGUAAACUUCUAUAUGGGACAACACUGCCCCCUUUUGGGGUUUAAUAACAACGCAACCCACGUUGAAGCACCAUCAACAGGAAUGCAAAAUGCUUUUUGGUAUGCAAAAUGCGCUUUCUGAAGAAAUCUCAGUAUCUAAUGAUUCUACAUUGUACGUUGUAGUGCACAAGUUUUGUUGCUUAUGCCUUGCAAUGUAGAGACUAAUCUGCAGUGCUUGACACAUUUGUUUUAACGACACCCUGGGCACCCUUUACGCCAGCCGCCCAAAAGUAUCAACAUUUUUAAGGUUGUUAAUACUUCAGCAUCAAGAAGCUCUUCAACUAAAAUGCUAUUAAUUACGAUACUUAUUUUCACUGGUUUUUUUUUCUUCUUGGUCCAACUUUUGGUAGAACUUGGUGACACAUACAACCAGAGCUACUUUGCAAAAAAAGAAUGGAGCGGGCGUUGUUAAACCGUUUUUUUUAAUCACACAGUAGCCUGACAAAAUAUUGAUGCUGUUGCCAGGCCUGGUGUGUUUGCAAAGUUUCAUGAGUUUUCAAGCCCGUUUAGAACCUUGAAAAGUUGUGCUGUUUUCUUGGCGAAUAGCAUGUUGUCAUGGCAACAGCUUUUCAAUAAACUUUGGUGGACAACAUCACAAAGGCCUAAACGCCCUUCAGAGCAAAUAGAAGGUAAAUGUGGUUAACCCGCCAAGAAAAACAUAAAAUAAAAAAUACAGUAUAUUUCCUUGAGCCAGUGGGAAAUAAUGGCCGGGCAGAGAAUGAAAUUAUAACACAGCUCUUUGUUCUUGUGUUGAAGUUAAUGUUUCAAUGUACCCUGGUAUGGGUGGAUCUUCAAAAUCUCAUUUCAUAUACUUUAUUGUCCCCAAUGGGAAAUGGACACAUUUUGUGGACGAAGUGAAUGGCAAUCGGAUCUAAACAAAAAAAAUAUUUCAAACAAACAAAGGAGGAACGGCAAGUAUAAACAGAAAUCGCGAGUCAAAAACAACCAGGAAAAACAAUACAUUAACAAAAAGCUCUCGCAAAGGCAAAGGAAUAUUACAUCCGAAAAUAUAAACGAAAUGACGAGAGUCCAUUUUCACGAAACAAAAAUGAGAGCAUGAUCAAAAGAGAAAAAUAAUAUAAAUACUUACAAGUAACUUGCUGAGUUCAAAAACAAAUUCAAAAAAAUAGUACAAACAACCUACAUCAAUCAGAGUUAAAAUGAUAAAUUCUAAACAUUAAAUAUAAUGAUAAAUCAGAACUAAGUUGAUAAAUAGAGAAAGGUAUUGAAAUAUCCAUUAUGAAUACAAGAGAAAAUUGACACAAGAGUGCCAGAGUGAGGAUGUAUAUAAUCCCGAUACAAACCAAAAGUUGUAAAAAUAUCACGGUUAAGGGUAAAGUAUGAGCCUUAAUGGAGACUUCUUACUUUUUCUUUUCUGAUUGAUAUAAAAAUGAUUUAGUAGAUAUAAACACAUAAGGACUAGAUAAGUUUUUUACUUCAUCCUACUCCCUUGAACAUAAUAACUGUUGAAUGAAGACUGAUUUCUUUCUUUUUACUUUUUUAUCUACCUUAUUUUCUGUCAAAUUAUUACUGUAUAUGUUUUAUGUUCAAUAAACAAACAAACAAACAAGAGACUCGAGUGCAAAAACGAUAAUGAUGAGAAUGAGAAAAACCACAUUUAAAACAAAGUAAAAAACACAAGAACUACAGAACAAAACAGGAGUCUGAGUCGCCACAGUGUGGCGCCAGAAACAACAAAAUGUUCGCCAGUCCAGGUUUGGACAUAAUAUUGUACAUUCAAAAAAAUAUGUGGUCGAUUUUCUGUACCUCAUUCUCACAGAAAGCACAUUCAUUAUCGUCUACUUUAAAAUCGUUUUGGGUUUUUUGUUUGUUUGUUUUUUUAGCAAUUCGUUGGCAGGACGAAGACAAUUCAUCAUUUUAAAGUAUCUCUCGUUGACCUUUGGUGGAAUAGGAAGAUGGGAAUAAAUUGUUCUUAGCUUUUCAA